GGGUCGCCUCCGGUGCCCUCUGCAGGUCAGAGCUUGGUAUUGCAGCGGUGCUCGGUGGCUGCGGGAGGAGCUUGUUCAUUCGUUGUCUGCGGAAGCCGAGGCACCGGGUGGCCCGGGGACACCAGACAUGGAGUCGAAAAAAUUGAUUACGGCAACUGACACCCAGUACUCUGGCAGCUUGCUGCAAGCUCUAAAUGACCAGCGGCUGCAGGGCUUGUUUUGCGAUGUCACAGUCAUCGUUGAGGACCGCAAAUUCCGGGCUCACAAGAACAUUCUUUCUGCCUGUAGCUCUUAUUUCCAUCAGCUCUUCAUUGUGGCUGGACCUGUCGUGGAGUUGAAUUUCAUCAGAGCUGAAAUUUUUGCAGAAAUUCUUAACUAUAUUUACAGUGCUAAAAUUGUUCGUGUGAAAUCUGACAUGCUGGAAGAACUGAUAAAAUCUGGAAAAUUGCUCGGAGUUCCUUUUAUAGCAGAGCUUGGAAUACCUCUGUCACAAGUGAAGAGCAUGUCUGGUGGAGUUAAGGAUGGUGCUCCUGACGCCCAGUCGAAUGCGGACCCAAAAGCUACAAAAAACAGUCCAUCCUCAAGCACAGGUAAAGCUGCGGGGAGCAAGGAAAUGCCAGUCAUCACCGAAGCAUUCUCCUUAUCGUUCACUAAUGAAUCCAAUAUGGAAACACACGUGAUAGAAGACGAGUCAGACGACGACGAUGUAAUCUUUUGUUCAGAAACUGUGCAAGCCAAACCGGUGACUAAAGAAAAGAAAGAACCUGCGCUCACCCCAAUUUCUAGUUCUAAUGACCAAGUGUCAGACACAAAAAAUCCUGCACCCUCUAGUCAAUCUGAGCAGACUAAUGAAAACACUAAGCCUGUGACCCAACCACCUUUAAAAAACAUGGUUGCUGCAUCGAGUAAUACCAAUUCAAACCAGUUGCCUCAAAAUCCCCCUACAAACGGUUCUCUCGCCCCUCCUGCUCCACAACCUGUACUGGUUACAACUGCGAGUCCGGUCCAGACUUCCCAGAACACUUCAUCUUCUGUUACAACCGCAUCGGCCGGGAAGCCAGCACCUUCUGAUGCUAACCAAAACUUGCCAAAACUGCAGCCAAUUGGUAUUAUUAAGCCCAAAACCGAACUGAUAUUAGAUGGAAACGGCAUUUCAACUUGUCCUAUUUCUUCAGCAGUGUCCUUGGAACAGCCAACAAUUACACACAAAAAUGUGUCUUUUGAUGGCGUUCAAAAAAAGCAAGUGGUCACCUUCAGCCCCGGAUCGUCUUCGAAACCAGGAGAAUUCAAAAUUAAGAUUGCCGACGUUGUUUCUGGAACCAGCAAGGACUCUUCGGAGCCUCGGCGCAUAAUGGACGGUAAGAAAAUCAUUACGCUGGACACGGCCUCGGAGAUUGAGGGAUUGUCUACAGGAUGCAAAGUUUAUGCAAACAUUGGCGAGGAUACAUACGACAUAGUAAUCCCCAUCAAGGAAGAUCCUGAAGAUAUGUUGCCCAAGCUGGAAGACGAUGAUGGCUUUCCAGAUCGUAAACGGAUGAAAAUAAAACACGAAGACCACUAUGAGCUCAUCGUCGACGGGAGAGUCUAUUAUAUCUGCAUUGUAUGCAAAAGAUCCUACGUCUGCCUGACGAGUUUACGAAGACAUUUUAACGUGCACUCCUGGGAAAAGAAAUAUCCUUGUCGGUACUGCGAGAGAGUCUUUCCUCUUGCAGAGUAUCGCACAAAGCAUGAAAUUCACCAUACUGGUGAAAGAAGAUAUCAGUGCUUGACUUGUGGUAGUUCAUUUAUUAAUUACCAAGUCAUGGCUUCACACAUUCGAUCUGUUCACAGUAUGGACCCUGCCGGAGAUUCAAAGCUUUACCGUCUAAACCCAUGCAAGACUUUACAGAUUAGGCAGUAUGCAUACAUGGCGGAAAACUCCAAUUCUGUCCCUGUUAUCAGUGACGGCGGAAUCGUGUAUGACAUUGACCCAGACAAAUCUGAACCGGCAUCUGCAGAGGACCACUCUAACGAUGGGCCAAAACCUGUAAAUUGGGACGAUAUCUUCCUUCAGCAGUCCAACCAGAACAUGUUUAAACCAACUACUUCGGAAGGCAGUACAGAAUUUGAGUUUGUUAUACCAGAAUCCUAUUAAUCAUAUUAACAUUUUAAGUUCAGCGUAGUAAGAGCGCGGAGUCCAUGAUCUUCAGGUGAACUGCUGUCAGGAGUUUUAUCAUUUUAAUAUAGCCUACAAAGUGGCGUAGAUUUAGUCUUUCUUACGAGUCACAGGCAGUACGCGAGGGCAUCUUCUCUCCAUUCUUUUAGCUGGCCGCUGAUGCAAGUUUUACAGAGACUAUUGCCAUAACUUGGUUUCUCGCAGUCAUUGUAUGGAAAUGAUUAGGCACAGAACUUUGUAAUAAAAAAAUAAAGACGUGUGUAUUACACUUCACCGCCGUUGUUCCAGUGUGAGUCAGACACGCUCCCCUUUAGGCAUGUUCGCACUUUACAGGCCAUUGGCAUUCGUUUGGCAAUGCCUGGACCCGUAACCUGAUUCAGCGGUCUGAGGGGUUAAAAAUAAAGCUGAAUGUUCUCUCGUGAAGGGGCCAGAAUUGAAGGUCUUCCACUCCUGAAGUGGAUCGCUAGCACUGUGUAAUGCGAUGAAACAGGCGGGCGAUAGAUUUUACACCUUUUAUAAAGCGUUUUCUCAUACAGGUUGGACCUGCUGAUGUUUCAGACAUAAGCUACAGAAUCGGUUAAGGGUUUUCAGUCUUCUAGAAAUGUAUUCAUGUGUCACGUUUACUGUAAGGGAGGUAUCAUUUGUAUGUGGAUUGUGUUACACAAGAAAGAAUACCUUGCACACCAGAAAUCUGUUAAAUCCCUUUAAGUGGCGCACAAGUUACUGUGCAUGUAUGUCACUGGUAAUACUUGCAUCUGUGCACAUGCCUCAAGGUUAUAAAGGGUAGUUCAGCACAUAGUUGGCUGCACAUUAAAAAGAACUUGCAACCAGUCUUGCGCUACAUUACGGCUGCAGUUGGACUUCUUUUUGCAGGGUGCAGGCACGGCGGCCCACACAGAUACAAGGAAUUGCACUACAGCUACACAGCCCAUUUUCAUCAAUGUGGCAUUGCAGCAGUUAGCCGUACCAAAAUCAUGUACAGUUAUACAUGAGCAUUGUAUUUCAUUUCACCUGGGAGCUUAUAUUUAAAUCCCUGAAGUAGCCGUACACGUUCAGUAGGUGUUAACCCAGUACUCGUUGGGCUAUUUCUCAUGACCUCUCCAUACAGAUUGACUCUUGGUUUGGCCGAGCAUGCAUGUAUUCUGAAUAGGGGAAAAUGCUGCCAUACACCUCUGGCUCCUUAUCUUCCUUGAAGAAAGGAUCAGGCCUGUUGAAAUUGAGCAUGUCUAACAUAGGCCAAACAAAUGUCGGCCGAAUUUCAAAUACACGUUAGAUGGUCAGCUGAUCCAAUGGACUAUGGUAUAAUGUGUCGUAUAUUUCCCCAGGGAAUCUGUCACCAGCGACCUUCCUAUCCAGUUUUGUAAAUUUGCAUAGACACACAGCUGUGGUUCACCUGAUUAUAAAACCCUGUUUUUCCUUUGUUGAUCCAAGUCGCCAUUCUCGAGUUAUGACACUUUUCCUUGGUAUGCAAAUUGGCGCUUUGGUGCAAUAAGGGCGUCACCAUCGCCCUUAUUGCGCCUAAGCUCCGCUUCUUUCUGUAACCAGCCCCUCCGUGGCUGUUUUGAUUGACAGGACCAGGGAGGGGCUGGCCACAGAAAGUUGUGAAGCUGGAAGUUGGAUAGGAAGGUUGCUGGUGACAGAUUGCAUCACAUAAACCCACUUCAUGUAGUUUUUUAAUAUCACCUAUGUGCAAAAAAAAUAUACCUAAUCCAAAAAGGUCUUACAGAUGUAAGUAUAUUCAGUGAUUAAGGGGGCAUUUACAUGGCCGUAUGCUUUUUUCGGUCAGACAAAACAGACAAGAAUAGGACAUGUUCUAUGUUUUGCGUGGCCGCAGAACGGACAUACGGAUGCAGACAGCACACAGUAUGUUGUCCGCAUCUUUUGCUGCCCCAUUGAAAUAAAUGGGUUCACAAAAAAUGCAGACUGAAACUAUGGUCGUGUGAAUGCUCCAUAAAGCAGAAAAAAAAGCAAUUGUGUUGACUUUUUGGGAUUACGGUAUUCCAGUGUGAUUUUGUAACAGUAGUAGAUUUUCAGCUUCUCCUGCUGCACUGUGAACGGGGCAGAGCUUAUCUGCACAAUUCAUUUUCUGGGAACUUCAGCAGAUACUUGCUACUUUGGUACAAGAUGCCUUCUCAUACUGGACCUACUCUUUGUUUAGUUAAAUGAGUAUUAAACUUUUUUCCCACUGGAUUUGACAGAUGUUAUUUUUAUACGGUUUUCAUUUUUUCUUACUGUAGACUUGUUUGGUUCCUGCAUACUUACGCUGUUUCUCUUAGUCUAGGUACAUGUCUCUUCCCUCCUACAUGCUUGUUAUAAAGGAUUAGGGCAGAAGACUGGGCUCGUGUAGUUAGUAUAGUACAAGUAGGCAAAUUACUAUGGGCUUCUUUUAAUGACGGCUUUAUGUGUGGUUAUAACACUGUGGAUACUUAACAUUGUACAGGUAUCAGAAUAAGCUAAGGUGCAGGAUGACAGCUGUAUGUAAUAGAAGACUGAAGCGCGCUAGCCCAGGUUGUAUGGCACAGGAAGCUAAAGCUUACAAUCACAGGGUUAAGGUUCUAAACAUUGUGUAUUUGUUUACUAGGAGAAUAAAUGAAUUGCGUCGCUUAUAUCUGUGGGCCAUGUCGUUUUACACCUUCCAGUAGUACCUCAUACCAAUACAGUGCAUUGAGGACCUCUAAUGUCUUCAUGUGUAAAAGUGAAAAGAACACAACUUUGCUUUGCCCAGUCGUCUGAUGUGGUAGGAGUGAAUAGUGAAGCAUAGCCAUGCGUGGAGGAUCGGACAGAUUGUGAGAAGUGCUGGGCAUGCUGGUAUCCGUGGCUCCACAGAGCAGCCAGUCCUGACCUAGAAUGAUGACGUUCAGGUGACUGCCAUCUUCUGACUCUAGACCCACUCAUGUAUGGCAUAUAGUUAGGGUAUGUUGUAAAUGCUUGAUCGCCAUGGCCCCCCCCCCCCCCAUGAUUUUAAUGGCUUAGUAAUUCACUUUGUGUAUUUUUCAUGUAGAAAUGAUAACUUACAGUUUACAGGAGAGGGGACGUAUACUGAUAGCAUUAUGUAGGGGGAAAAGGGCUCAAAAACGGACAUGUCCUAGCAGGUAGUCUGGGCAGCAUGGAAGGGUGACAGAUAGUAGGAAUUGUAAGAAAUGGGAGAAUCUGCAUGCUGUUAAAUGAUGCAACCCGCCCCUGCAGUAUUUAUUUCGACUAUUGCACUUACUCAAUACUAUUAUGCUGUCUAAAGAUGCUAAACUGCAAGCAAGGAAAGCCGCCACACCUCCGUUAAUCCUGGCACAACUUCCUCCCUUAUGGUUGCUAGACGUCGCUUGUACAUUGAGGUUACAGUCCAAAAUUUGAAGUUCAAGCUGAAGCCUUCACUUUCUGAGCCCUUGCAAUAUUGCUUUUCAGAUGGCAUUCCAGUCUCGUAUGUACAGAAUGAAAACGGUGUAGUCUGCGUGUCUGUCGUCACUGCCCAUCAUGGAAUGCGUAUGUUUGUCUCCAAGACAUUUGGGUUGUAUUCUUCGAUGAUUUUAUUCUGAAAUUGUUUUUUUUGGUACCAGUCAUGUUGUAUAUAUAUAUUAUACUUGUACAGCUUUUUCUUAAAUUUUUUUUUUUUUAAGUCGUGUGCUACUUCUCACUAACAGAUACUUGAGCCUUUAGACUUUAGAGCUUUCUAUGGCAAACCAAUAAACAUUUUUCAAUCUG